CAAGAUUUAAUUUGACCGACACCCAAAUGUGCACCAUGUACGCCAAUGGAACCAAGGACGCCUGCAUUGGUGAUUCCGGAGGUCCACUCUUUUGGGAUUCGAGUCACUCCAACACAAAUUAUGUUCUGCAAGGAAUUGUAUCGUAUGGUAUCGGUUGUGCCAGAAAGAACGUUCCAGCGAUUUUCACAGAGUUGAUAAGUAUGAAGAUUGGAUAAACAAUGUGAUACAGAACUAUUCGUAUUAUAAACAUUUACAAGUACGACAUACCAGGAGUCAUGCCGGAG